AUGUCAACAUCAGAGAACACAACAACUGCUAUCGUUCAUGAAGCUAUAAAUGAAGAAUAUGAGUGGGUUCAGUUUAACAAACAACUCCGUCUCAUUCGUUCGGUCAAAGACGAUAUGUACCAAAUGCAAAGUAUUUUGACAGCAUGUUUUGCUCCAGAUACUAAGAAACCACAAGACUGGUUUAGGAACCAAAGCACUAUUGAACUAUUAAAUGAAGCUGAAAAUUCGACUACGGAUUUUCUCGUAGUCGCAAAAACUCGAGUAGGUAAAAAACCGCAGUCGCCAAAACUCUAUGAAAACAGUGAAGAACAGCGAGUAGGUAAAAAACCCCAGUCGCCAAAACUCUAUGAAAAUCGUGAAAAAUUGCCAAACGGUUUGAGAGGAUAUUAUGUACAUAGACUUCUUGUAAAUGCUGUUGCAAUGUGGGCUUCACCUCGUUAUGCUUGGUAUAUUUACAGACUUCUUGACGAAAUUCAUAGACAAGAACGUGAAGAGCUAGAGAACAAGCUUGAAGCAAAAGACAAAAGCAUUCAGAAAAGAAUACCACGUUCGGUACCAAAAGGUAAGGAAAAGAACUAUAAGUAUAUGAUUUAUACUGAAGAGAUGGAAAAUGAAGAAGAUAAAGAUAUGGUUAUGUUGCAUUUAGUCAGAAGAAACAACAAAAGCUUUUACGACCUUGCUAAGAUUUACAAAUCUGACAGAAAUUGGUUCUAUCGCGAAAACUUACCGAUUUCAAUGACUCCAAAUGAAGAUGUGAAACAAAUAGUUCAAGAUACGUUACCUCAAACACACUAUGAUAUGAAAGGUUGUACAAUUCUUACCUUCAAAGAAGACUUACCGCUACUGAAAGAAAAAAUAACAGA